GACGACGUUCAGACCAAGCUGGCGUGGCUGGGUGCUUGCGCUGCCAUGAUCGACAGCACUGUCUGUGAGUAAAAGCUUCUAUCCCAGCUCCCUGUCGUCAUUCUGCUUGCGAUGCCUUUCAAUUCCGCACGCCAAGUGAUAAGACGCACGCAUUAUGCUUACAACGCCCCCUCAGCGCUACUCGUCUCCCUGCCCUGGGGGAUCCUUUCGGACAGCAUUGGACGGAAACCUAUUCUCCAGCUCGCCUUUACGAGCAUGGUCCUUGCGGUGGGCUGGAACAUUACCGUCCUGGCCACCAAUGGGGCGCUGCCCAUCUGGCUGAUCGUGCUAUCUCCGGCCUUUUACAUCUUCGGCGGGGGUAUGUCCGUCAUUUCUUCCGUGCUAUACUCCAUUAUUUCCGACGUGACGACAGAAAGGACGAAUGGCUUCGUCUGGAUCUCCAUUGGAGCCAUGACCGGCGGCGUCAGCGGGCCUGCCAUCGCCGGCCGGCUGAUGGAGACGUCGUCGCCCUGGACGCCGCUCAAGCUCGCCGCGGCGCUGGUCCCCGUCGUCUACCUGUGCACCGCCCUGAUGCCCGAGACGGGCACGCGGAAGGCCGCCGUGGCCAUCUCCCUCCAGUCGCCCGACAAUCCCGCCGGCGCGAGGCGCUUCGUCAUUGCUCUCCGGACGCACUUGGUCGGCUUGCGGGCCAACCUCGUCGAGUCGCUGGCCUUCUUGCGCAGCCGGUCCGUGGCGCUGCUGCUGGUGACGGUGUUUGUGCACUCGUCCAUCGCCGCGGCGCAGGGCCAGCCGCUCGUCCAGACCAUCUCGCGCCGCUUUGGCUGGUCGCUCGCCCAGACGGCGUACCUUUUCUCGGUGCGAGGCGUGCUGCUCAUCGUGGUGCUCGCCUUGCUGUCUGCCGUCUCCUCGGCGCUGCUCAUUCCCGUGCGGUGGUGGAAGCCUCCGUCGACCUUCAUGCGCGACCUGCUCCUGCUCCGAGCAGCCUACGUAGCCCUCCUCGUCGGCGGCGUGCUGCUCGGCGGCGGCACCAUCGCCAUUGUUCUCUCCGGCCUCGGUGCGGCGACGCUGGCUGCCGGCACGCAGGCGCUGUCGAGGGCGUUGUUGGCGGCGUACGUCGAGGCCGAUCACACGUCGAGCCUGUACGUGCUGACUGGCAUGGUCGAGACGGCCGGCUCGUUUAUUGCGAGCCCGUCGCUGGCAUGGGCCUUUGCUGUUGGCGCGAGGCUCGGUGGCACUUGGCAAGGUCUGCCGUUCUGGUAUGCUGCCGGCCUGUCGGGCUUGACGCUUGCAAUACUGGGUUUUGUCAGAGAGCCUGUCAAGCGUGACGAGGAAGAGUGAGGGUCACCGAAAUACUAAAGAAUUUCAUGUAGAUUUACUGGUCCACUGGAAAAGUCGUCUGUAUUUCUAUCCUCCCGAUUUCGCUCCACCUCAACAACUCUCCAAGAGUCCGCCUGAUUUCACCGCUUCCAAGU